AUGGCCGAAGUAGCGGACUCUGGACCCGUGGAGCCACAGGCCCGCCGGGUCGUUUAUUGCGGCGUCUGCACGCUACCUCCCGAGUACUGCGAAUUUGGAGGGACGGCAAAAAAGUGCGAGGAGUGGCUGAAGGAGAACCAUGAAGAUCUGUGGACCCGGUUACAUUCUGAAGAUGCCCUGAACGCCAAUCUAUCCACUCUCUCCGUCUCCGUGCAAGAACGCGCCGCCAAAGACGCCGCAAAGAAGGAAGCAAAGGCGGCACAAAGCGAGGCCCGCGAUGCCGAGCGUAAGGCCGCCUCCAAGAUCCAGAUCAAGCGUGUGGAGCGAAAUAAGCGCAAGUAUGUCACGGUCAUCAUCGGGUUGGAGAUCUUUGGCCUCGAGAACAAAAAGUUGGCCAAGGAACUGGGCAAGAAGAUGGCCACGGGAUCAUCGGUCACUCGGUCACCCGCGGGCACGGAGGAGAUCACCGUGCAAGGUGAUGUCAGUGAGGAUGUCAAGGAGUGGCUAUUGGAAACCUACGGCAGUAAGGUGCCCGAGGCCAACAUCGAGUUGAUCGAGGAUAAGAAGAAGAAGAAAGCGGAGGCGUGA